GCAGAGCAUCACUGUGUGACCAGAGAGAGCUCCUAGUCAAGGAAGAAGGCACUAAGGGAAUGGGGGUAGGUUUAGGAAUCAGUGAGGAAGUAAAAUGCCCAGGUUGGGGUCUGGCACUGCCUCUCUGGUCCCAGCUGAGCAGGAUGAAGCUGCUGGUGUCCCUCACCUUCCUGGCCGCGCUUGUGGUGGCACUGGGGCACCCCGACCCCGCGCUGGACUGGCACUGGCAGCUCUGGAAGAAAACCUACGGCAAGGAGUACCGCCAUGAGAAAGAGGAAGGGGACCGACGUGCAACAUGGGAGAGGAACCUGCAACUGGUGACACUGCACAAUCUGGAGCACUCCCUGGGGCUGCACUCCUAUGAGCUGGGCAUGAACCACCUGGGAGACAUGACCAGCGAGGAAGUGGUGGCUUUGUUAACUGGGCUGAACGUUGCUCCUCAGCCAAACCGGACCUCCACGUACCGACUGCAGCCUGGCAGCAAAGUCCCUGACACGGUGGACUGGAGGGAGAAGGGAUGCGUCACAGACGUGAAGUACCAGGGCGCCUGUGGGUCGUGCUGGGCGUUCAGUGCUGUGGGAGCCCUCGAAGCCCAGGUGAAGCUGAAGACGGGGAAGCUGGUGUCCCUCAGUGCCCAGAACCUCGUUGACUGCACCAGGAGCUACGGGAACAAAGGCUGCGGUGGCGGAUGGAAAACCAAAGCUUUCCAGUACAUCAUCGACAACCAAGGGAUCGACUCAGAUGCGUCCUACCCCUACACGGCUCAGGACGGCGUGUGCCGCUACAACCUGACGGCGCGGGCAGCCACAUGUUCCAUGUACGUCGAGCUACCGCACGGCAAUGAAGCCACGCUGAAGGAUGCCGUCGCCAAUGUGGGGCCCGUCUCUGUCAGUAUCGAUGCCAGUCAGCCUACCUUCUUCUUGUACAAAUCUGGUGUCUACCAUGACCCGAACUGCUCUCAGGUGGUGAAUCACGCUGUGCUCAUCAUUGGCUACGGCUCUUUGGAUGGGGAGGACUACUGGCUUGUGAAAAACAGUUGGGGUGUGCAUUUUGGUGACCAGGGCUAUAUCCGGAUGGCGAGGAACCAUGGAAACCACUGUGGGAUUGCCAGCUACGGUGUUUACCCCCAGAUCUAGAGGGGUUCCCUGCUUUUGGGAGAAGCUCUUGAGAUGCUGCCACUCACCCUGCUGAUCUCAAGUGUGCCUGGCUUUACUCCAGCCUUUCUUUCUUGAGGAAUCCCAUUGCAUUUCUACAGAUAAGUAGCAGAAAUUAGGAGUGAUUGCAGUUGGCUUGUUCAAGCAUCCCAUCAAGCAUGACCAUCUCACUCACCCUGCCCAGGAACUUUUCCACUAAUAAGGGAUAAUCUGUUGGGAAUUAUUUCAAUUAUUUAGGUGGAAGGCUCUCUGUUGUCAUUGCGAACUCUUGCAGUCUCCAGCAGCUUUUUAGAAAAUGACUCAGCUGCAUCUUCAAAGCUCUUUAGACACUGUUUUGCUUCCUUCUCCUCUCUUAGAAGAUGGUUUUUUUGCAGCCAUUUUAUGUCCAAUGGUGCUAAGUAGUGAUGAGAAAUGCACCCUCCUGCCUGGUUGUCCUUCGUGGGAACCCAGAUGAUGCCCUGAAAGAGGCUGGAGCAUGAUUUCCAGGCAGCUGGAGAUUUUGCUGACUGCAUUUUCAGCCUGCCUGCAAUGUAAUGUGCAUUAAAUUUGUCUCCUGCUGUCCAUCCAGCGCUGAGGCUGGUCAGAUCAGCUCCAUCCCAUGACUGUAUUUAAAGUGCAUCUUCUCCUCUGUGCUGCCCCAUGGAAAAGUCAAUAAAUGUGAUUUUUCUUCCAA